AUGCGGUUCCCGUCCUUCGACGUCGCCGGCUUCCUCUUCGGGAAGGUCGCGAACACGAAUCGCUUCGAUACGAUGUGCGACGAGACGUUCGCGGACGUCGACCACGACGACGACGGCGCGCUCGCGGUCGCCGAGCUCCGCCUCGCGGUGAUGCUCUUCUACGACAGGCUGAACGCUCGCAUGCCGCUCGGGCGACGCGCGCGACCGCCGUCCAGGGCGCAGCUCGAGGAGCUCUUCCGCGAGAGCGACCACGACGACGACGCGCGCCUCAGCGAGGAGGAGUUCAGGGGGCUGAUGCGCGCGAUGUGCGCGAACGUCAGCGCCGGCGUCGCGUUCGAGCUCGCGAAGGCGCUGCUGGUGGUGCCGGCGGUCGGGAAGCUCCUGAUGGGGGCGCUUCGGAGGUGCGCGCCGGGGGCGAGGAAGAGGCUGGACGAGGCGGGGGGGUUCGGAAGCGCCGCGGUGAGCGCGGCGAGCGCGGCGAUCGUGAGUAAGCUGCCGCUGGCGAGGCCGAAGUGGGCGUGUUGA